AUGAACACCUAUUUCCGCACACUAACCUUUUCAGCUGUCCUGCUGCUUUGGGGUAUCAGCAUAUGGAAUGGCACCAUCAAAGCUCUCCUCCUAACGGUAUGGCAUCAACGAUUUGAGGAUGGAGUCAUAAUGCACACCCAGUACACCGGGAUCAUCAUUCUAGAUUUUCCCCUCUCUAUUCUGGUUGCGUUCUUCUUCUCCAGCACAAACAAUUCAAACAGAGAACAACAAAUGUUCACGCUCGAUGCAUUCGCAACGUUUCAACCUGCAUAUGUUUGGCUAUAUGCAGAGAGUAUACGGGGGACAAAACAGCCGCACACUCUAGGGAAUCCAAUCGUUUGGGGUAUACUUUGGCAGAUCUUUGGCGGUGCCGUAUUGCUUCCCAUUUACUACUCUCGCCACCUUCAAUGGGCGAGUGAGCAGCCCGAUGUAUUGGCUCCAUCAGAUGUUUCUUCUUCGAGAGCUAUACCAGUCAGCUUUAUCAUAGGCGUUGUACUACCCACAAUUAUGGCAAUGCUGCCUACUUGGUCUCAUACUUCGCUCGAUCCAGUCGCUCAUCAAAAAAUCUUGGCUAUAUGGCAGCUAACUCCUCUGUGGAUGUCCUUAACUCAAGCAGUCAUUACUUGGGCUUUGAGUCAAUGUGCAGAUAGAAUGCCCUCUAUGUCUUUAAGGAAGAAAGUGAUUGACAAUAGAAUAGCAGCUUGGUGGAUUCAAGUAUCUUACUUACUUGCAGCCGUAUUGUCCUUUUUAGGUCACUUGCACGCGCUCACGCCGGUGGUCUUAUCCUCGGAUCCAGUCAAUGGUGUUCAGAGAGCAUACUUGCCAUCUUUCUUCACCGCUCUCCUGGAAUCGCCAAAUAUUCUUUCCAGUGGUCCAUGGAUGUUCCUUCAAUUUGAUGUCAUGAUUAUUGCAUUGUCUAGCAUUUCAUGGGCAUACAUCUUGUUGUCGCGCUUGUUGGCACGUCGUUCGGGAAAUUUGUGUGACAGUAAACUGGCCCAAUUUUCGCCGCUCCUAUUCACCCUUUUUCUUCUUGGUGUAUCAAUUCUUGGGCCGGGUACUACAGUGUGUCUUGCGUUAUUUUGGAGGGAGGGAGAAUUGCUGAGCUUGCGCUCGGCGGCCUCGAUUUCAUCCAUUAAGGACAAGUCGAUGAAAAUGCGCUAA